UUGUCAAAUGUCAGACCAAAUCAUAAUAUUUUGUAGGUAUGUUAUGAACGUAACGUAUCAAAUCAAACUUAAUUUCAUUGCAAAAGUAACAAAUAAUUUGCAAUAUUCAAAUGUAAACAAUGUCUGGCAAUAAACUGGAUGUUCUUUGGUCUCCUAUUCAUCAUGACAAAUUCAUUGUAUGGGGUCAAGAUAUAACCUUAUACGAAGUAGCUCGGCUACAAGAUAUCGACAAAAGGUCUACAUAUACUCAAUUAUCAUCGACUCAAGGUGCAACAGUGGUUGCAUCACAGAGUGGUAGCGGUGUAAGAUGUGUGGACAUAAGUGCAGUUGCGGACCACCCUGACCCUUUACUAGCGUUGGGUCACAACAGCGGUCGAGUAACAUUGACCAGCCUCAAACAAACAUAUGAUCCACUUGGAUUGGUAGGAAGGGAAUUCGUGGCAAGAUAUCCCAGACCAUGUAUCUCGGUAGCCUGGAACUGCACGGAGAGCAGUCUGCUAGCAGUGGGCAUGGAGAAGCACCGCAGUGAUAACUGUAUUUUGUUGUGGGAUGUACAGUCAAGUGGCUUAGAUGAGUAUGAUGAGAGCUCGUCCUCCCCUUCAGAGCUUGCGCGGCCCAUGUCUGGGGUCGGCAAGGGCGAGACGGCACACAGUGUGGCAUGGUGCGGGUUCGCUCCCAGGACUAUCGUCGCCUCAAUGAAUCUGAAGCAUAUUAAGAUAUUCGACCUAAGAGAGAGCGGCGACAAGGCGAGCGCCACCGCCAGCAGCCGGCUGAACCUGGGCGCCGUGUGCGAGGCGGGCGGCUGGCGCCUGGCCUCGCGCGGGGACGCCGGCGCCUGCGUGUGGGACGCGCGCGCGCUGGCCGCGCCGCUGCUGACGCUGGCCACGCCCCGCGCGCCGCGCCGACUGCUGUGGUGCCCCACCAGGCGCAACUUGCUAAUAUCGCUGCAGCGCGACUCUAGCACUCUUCGGCUUCACGACAUCCAACGGGUGCACGACCACCGACCGCAGGAGGCGUUCGACGGCGUCUCGGAGGAGGCGGAGGUCGAGCCCGGCGGCCGCGGCGCGCUGGAGCGCGACGUGGGGGUGUGCGGGGCGCCGCUGGCCGCCUUCGCCUGCCACCCGGCGCGGCGCGCCUGCCUGCUGGUGCUCACGGCGGCGGGCGCGCUGGCGGAGUUCGCGGUGGCGGAGCGCGUGUCGCUGUCGUGGGGCGCGGGCGGCGCGCUGGCGCUCGCGGGCGGCGGGGCGCUGCGCCGCGCGCUGCCGCCCGCGCGGGACGCCGCCGCCGUCAUGCGCGCGCGCGCCGCCACCGACUACGGGCUCAAGCCCGACCUGUGGCAGAACGCUGACCUGGCAGACGACGAGGCGCUCAGCGGGCUGUGGCACUUCCUGGCCCUCAGCAAGUCUCUCGUCGAGGACGGCUGCAUCCGCAACAGCCCGUGGAAGCACCCGGGCGUGCGCGGCGUGCUGCGCUCCCCCGGCGAGGGCUACCGCUCCGAGGCCGCCGCCACGCUGCUGCCCGACCUGCCCAGCCGCAAGGUGACCACGUACCGCUCGGCCGAGCGCACGCGCGCGCUGCAGCUGUGCGGCUGGGGCUGGGGCUGGGACAGCGCCGGCGCCGGCGUGGAGCGCGCCGAGGCCGAGGGCACGCCGUGCCGCGCCGCCGCGCUGGCCGCCUUCCACCUGCGCCUGCGCGCCGCGCUCGACGUGCUGGCGCGCGCGCGGGCGCCGGCGCUGCGCGUGGCGGCGCUGGCGCUGGCGCCGUGCGCGGGCGCGGCCGACGAGCGCCUGUGGCGGGAGGCGCUGGCCGCCGCCGCGCCCGCGCUGCCCGACCCCUACCUGCGCGCGCUGCUGCACUUCCUGUCCGCCGCGCUGCCGCCCAGCGCGCCCCCGCCGCACCAGCCCGACUACUCCGCCGUGCUCAACGAGACCGAAAUGCGGCUCGAGGACCGCGUGGCCUUCGCCUGCAUCUACCUGCCGGACGGGCCGCUGCACGAGUACGUGUCGCGCACGUGGACCGAGCUGCGCGCGCGCGGCUCGCUGGCGGCGCUGCUGCUGUCCGGCAUCAGCGCCGACGGCAUCGGCGCGCUGCAGCGCUGGCUCGAGCGCUCGGGCGACGUGCAGUCGGCGGCGCUGCUGGCGGCGCGCUGCGCGGGCGCCGAGCUGCUGCGCGACGAGCGCGUGCGCGGCUGGCUGGCGGCCUACCGCGAGCUGCUGGACGCGUGGCGCCUGUGGUGGCCGCGCUGCCUGCUGGACACGUGGGUGGCGGCGGCGGGCGGCGGCGGGGAGGGCGCGGGCGCGGGGGUGGCGUGCACGUACUGCGGCAAGCCCGUGGCCGCCGCCGCCACCGCGCGGCCGCGCCCCGCCUUCGCGCGCCUGCCGCCGCCCGCCGCCAAGAUGAAGCAAAUCUCGUCGUGCCCCAACUGCCGCAAGCCGCUGCCUCGCUGCGGCGUAUGUUCGCUGCACCUGGGUACGGGCGCGGCGGGCGGUCAGGCCCCGGCUCCGCCGGUCCCUCCGGCGCCCCCGGCCCCGGCUCCGGCGACGGCGGCCGGCGCCGCUGCGGGCGCACACUUCGGCGGAUGGUUCAGCUGGUGCGUGGCGUGCCGGCACGGCGGACACGCGGCGCAUUUGCUGCAGUGGUUCAGCGAGCACUCGGAGUGCCCGGUGAGCUCGUGCACGUGUCGCUGCAGCGCCCUGGACCCCCCCGACCCGCCGGAGUUGUUCGCGCCUCCCGCCGCUGCGGGCGUCGCGCAACCUCCGGGCGGCGGCUCGUGACGACCGUUUGAUGUUCAAAGAUAGAUAUUAUAUUAUAUUUAAAUGUGUAUAUAAAGUGCGAUAGUUAUCUGCGACGACUCGACUGCACCGAUUCAAUUAGAUUCGUUACGACUAGAAUUUGUAUAUACGUCUUGCAUAUUUAAUUUUAUCUCUUACGAUUUACAACUUAUAUAAAGCUAUCGCUAUAAUGUUUACACUUAACAAUUUUUGUUUCCGAUGGCAUGUACAUACGUUGGGUCGCGAUUGUUGUAACAAAUAUUAACUGCUUUAAUCACGGAUUGCUGUUGUGUUCAAUGUGCUUCAAAGCUCCUCUCCGUUUUUUUUAAAUUUAUUAAUUGUAGAAAAUAUUUAAAUUUAAAGUGCAAUAACUAUUGAAAAUAGUGGGGUAUUAAAUAUCGACUAUAGAUUUACAUGUAAACGAUCCUACAAUGUAUCCUACAUGUCGUGGACACCGAGUGAAUUUUGUGAAUAGCCGGAGGCGUAGCAAGGCGAGGGGGGGCGGAGAUAUACCAAUAAUAUGCAAUAUUAUUAAUGAAUUUCUAAAACAUUUAUGUUUUUCAUGUGUCAAUAUAUGUCAAUUCACUUUUCAUGUUAGUGUUUUUCAAUAAGAGUUCUCUUGUAAUGCUCCAAUUUUUUUAUAAUCAAUUGUAAAUAUAAGAGGGCGGCCAAUUGGGGUCUCGCACCGGGUGCUAGUGAUGUGCUACUCUCUGUGAACACACCCUUUCAGUUCUAGUGACGGAAACGUCUUAGGUCCCACUUACAUAAGAUAUUUAAGGCCUAUUUGCUUGUCUGCCUUCCAAAAACCCAAAUGUCUUACUAAUCUGUGUACUAUAUUAUGGAAGUCGCAAAAUUAUAUGUAAAUAUUACAUUUAAUGUGAUAUAUUUAACGACGCAAUGGCAAAUAAAGAUAUAUUUUUAAUAAAAAUGUUUUAUAAAAAAAUGUGCGAAUAACGAUUUUUAAUUCCUACUAGUUACGUCAGAAUAUGUUCGUUGUAGUCAUAGCUUAGUGGUGGGGAAGUAACAUACCAGCAAAAACAUUUCCAAGGAAGAUUGAUGUCAUUAAUUGUAUAAUUAUAAGCGAAUAUAAACAUUCAUAUUAAUAAUUUGUUUUGAUUUAUCUUAUGUAAAAAUUGUAUAUCUGUUUGAGACACUAUUUGACUGGUCACCAUUGGUCCAUGUUAGUGGGCGCAUAUAUGCCUAGAACAUGCUCGCCAUGUCCAAUUUCCCAUGCCAUCAAUUAGACAAUCCAACGACACUGACAGGGGGGCGUUGUUGUAGUUUAAGGGUUACCAGUUAAUAAAAUUUCCUUAUUUUUUAGUAAUACAUUAAAGCAUACAAUCAAAAAGAGACAUCAUAUUUCUUCAUUUUGAAUACCUUCUACGAAUCCUAAUAUUUCCAAUAAUUAUUUUAUAUAGAUGUUAAAUGCCGAUAUUUUUAUAUUUGUCAGAUGAUAUAUGCAGGCCAUUCCCUCAAAUAAAAGUUUCAUAUCAAAUAAAUCAUUAAGUAUAUUUUAGGUUAUUUUAUUAUACUAUAAUUAUGUUCUGCAUUAAUCGAUAACAUAAAACUUGUGUAUGUUCGUCUCGUUUAUUAUACAAUGUAUCAAUAUAAGUACGUAAACAAAUAACUGAACAACAUAAAAUAUAGCUUUUGUUAUUCUAUCAUCUAUAUAUUUCAUAAAAUUCAGUCCAUCGUUUAUAUGGAUGUGAAUUUAUGAUUUCUAAUCAGACGUGGAAAUCAAAAUAUGACAUUUGAAAGAUGUCGAUAUGUAAGAACAUUAUUAACUGGUAACCCUAAGUCUACAACUAAUUGAUAAUUUUGAAUUGUUAUUGAUUGACACGAGUUUUUACACAUACUUACUAGACGGGUCCAAUGUAGUAGACUGAAGAUUUAUAUAUUUUGUCAAAGAGUAUACAUUUUUUUCAUUUACUCAUCUGCUAGAUUGUAAAAGGGAUCAAAAUAAAAAU